AUGCCAGUUGAUCCAGAAAAAUUAGCCAAAUUACAAAAAGCCGGUCCAAAGAAAGUCGGUGGUGCCAGAGUCAAAGCCAAGAAGAACGUUAGAACUGAACAAGAUGAUACCAAAUUGAUUGAAGCUUUAGGUAAAUUGAAAUCCGAAAAAGUUGAAGGUAUUGAAGAAGCCAAUUUUUUCAAAGAAGAUGGUAAAGUUUUACAUUUCAACAGAGUUGGUGUUCAAGCUGCUCAUCAACAUAACACUUUUGCCUUUACUGGUUACCCACAAGAAAAAGACGUUACUCAAUUGAUUCCUCAAAUCUUACCUCAAUUAGGGGCUGAAAACUUAGAAAUUUUAAGAAAAUUAGCUGAACAAUUACAAGCUGGUAAAACUCCUGCUGAAUUACGUGCUGCUGCUGGUGCUUCAGCCGGUAACGAUGAAGAUAUUCCAGAAUUAACUACUGAAAAAUUCGAUGAUGUUGAAUAA